UUAACCACAGACACCCAUAACCUAUAAACGUCAAAUUGUACAUGUGUUGAAACAAUGUCAGAACUGACCCAAAUUAAAGAUUCUUUCACGUGUAUUACUUGCCGGGUUGCUUUUAAAGAUGCGGAUAUUCAAAGAUUGCAUUACAAAAGUGAUUGGCAUAGGUACAACUUGAAACGAAAAGUCGCCGAAUUGCCACCCGUAACCAGCGAGGAAUUUCAAAGACGCGUCCUGAACCAAAGAAACAACGAUGAACUACUCAAACAAGACACCAGUAUGUACUGCAAUGCCUGUAGAAAAUCGUUUGGAAACCAAAAUGCGUACGACAAUCAUUUGAAUUCCAAAAAACACAAGGAUAACCUAAAGAAACAUGAUGAAUCAAAGGAUAAAGUGAUAAGCAAGGGGAAUAACGAAAAUAAAAUGGAUGUUGAAGAGGUUGAUGAGGAAGUUGACUCUGAUGAAUGGGAUGAAGACAUUGAAAAUCCAAUUGAUAAUAAUGAUUGUAUAUUUUGUUUGCAUCACAGUCGCAACUUCAUAAAAAAUUUAGAACACAUGACUGUGGUACAUUCGUUUUUUAUUCCAGACAUAGAGUUUUGUACAGACUUAGAAGGCUUACUUAGAUAUUUAGGGGAGAAAAUUUCAGAAGGUUUCAUGUGUCUGUGGUGCAAUGAAAAAGGUAGAACAUUCCACUCAGCUGAUGCUGCCAGAAGCCACAUGCUAGACAAAGGUCACUGUAAAAUGCUUCAUGAAGGGCUUACUUUAGCUGAAUAUGCAGAUUUCUAUGACUAUUCAUCAUCUUAUCCAGAUGCAGACAAAGAAGUAGAUGUGGAUGAGGAAGUUGAUGUUCCUGAAUUGGAGGCUUCAGAAUAUCAACUGGUGUUGCCCUCUGGGGCAACUGUGGGUCACAGAAGUUUGAUGCGUUACUACAGACAAAGCAUUAAUCCUAAUGCAGUAGUUGUUUCCAAUAAAGGUAAUAAGAAACUGCACAAAGUAUUGGCUCAUUAUAGGUCAUUGGGAUGGACUGCAACCCAGCAAGCUGCAGCUGCAAAGAAAGCAAGAGAUUUGCAUUAUAUGAAGAGGAUGCAAUCAAAAUUCCAAAUGAAACUGGGUCUUAAGGCCAAUAAGUUCCAGCCACACUUCAGACAGCAAGUCAAUUUCUAACAUUGUUAACUAUGCAUAUGGUUGUUAUUAUAUAAUUUUAUAAUA